ACCAAAAUAGUAAUGACUACAAUUAUUUUUUUUCAUUGAAAAAAAUAUACAUCACAUAGCAAAUAAUAUACAUACCUCUUAUAGCCAAUAUUUUUUCAGACAAAAACAUAACUUCUUUCCUUUUGAACUGCAAAACCGAAAACAUAAAUUCAAAGAUACGUCUGUGUUAGUGUACAUACAAAAGUGAGAGAGAUCAGAAAAAGAGAGAGAUAGAUGGUGAAGCUGCUUCUGGCCUGAAGAUUCUUCUCUCCGGUUAGAACUUGCACUUUAACAUGUUUAUAUAUUUCUUGACAUCUUAUUCUUAUAUCUAUUGUCUAUACCUUCUUCUCUUUUUUGACACUAGGUGCCCGACUCAUCUACUGUCUUUUCCUUUAACACCAUUUUGAAAACAUUAACCCUUGUAUCUUCGGUUUGCAUAUGAUCUUGUAGUCCUUUUCGAUCCACUACAGCAACAGACUUUGUGUUGUUUAUAAUUUGUCCUGGUUGGAUUUUUUAUACUUGCAGCUGUCUGAAUAAGUUUGAAAGAACGUAGCAAUCGUCAAGAAUGGGAGAUGAGCCAAAAUUCAGAGAGAAAUGGGAUUUCAGAAGGAAAGAGAACGACUUUGAAGAUUCUUCAAGCGAUGAUCCAGAUUCAAACUCUACCCAGGAUCCUAUUAUUCAUAAUCCAAAUGUUCUUCUUGAUUCGAGUCAGAUCGAUAAUGGACCAAAACCAGUGACUAGAGACGAACCCGUGAAAACCCGGAAGAGGAGAAGCAAGAAAGAUGAGAGUAAACCUGAGAAAGCUAAGCAAGUACGAAGAAGGAAACCAAAAAUUGUUUCUGCAGAGGAGACGAAGAAGAAAGAAGGUUUAGGAACGGGGAUGGAUGAUGUUGGAAUCUUUAUGGAGACAUUGCUUGACGAUCUUACAGCUUCUCGAGAGCGUUUAAUGGAUUGGAUGAAGACUGAAUUGUAUGGAGCAUCGGUUGAAAAUGUUGCAUCUCGGCCGCCUUUGAAGAAGGGAGGGGUUGCUGCGGUAGGAGCACAGAGACCAGUGAAGAAGAGGAUGACGAAAAAAAAAAAGGAAGAGGAGGAGAAGAUGAAAAAGAAGGAAGAAGAGGCGAAGGAGAGUGAAAAGCAGAGCAACCCGAGGGAGAGCAGUCACGCGAUGAACACACCUGACGAGAAAAUUUCAGAGAUUGAUCCAAGCGGUCGAAAUCUUGAACGUAUUGCUAGACCAUUGGAUAGGUUUGUAGUGGGCGGUCAAGGGAUGAACACUCCUAAAGCGAAAACUUUAGAGAUAGCGCAAAAGGGUGGACACUGUGAUUCUAAUGCUGGACUGUUGGAUAGGUUUCUUAAGGGCGGUCAAGGUGGUUUAGGAAGAAAUUACUUUCCACAACUACAAGAAGAUCAAGGAGCGCUUGUUAUGCAAACAGAGAUGGAGAAUUCGAAAAACGAGACCAUGAAGAGUCAGAAGAGCAUUGUUUUGGCCAUUCAAGCUCCAAAUCUGAGUAAGAAACAAAAGAAGACAAGUGAAGCUAACACCAACAAGAACAGGUCAUCAACAGUGGAGAGAACAGAACCAGAAACGCAGAAAGAUCAUAACUUUGGGACACCCUUUGCGUCACAACUUUCUUCAUCAUCAUCAUUGCAGAGUUUUCCGGUAUCUUCUUCGUUGUUUCCAAAACUGUCUUCACAAUCGUUGUUGCCAAGUUUUCCAGUACCUUCUUCAUUGUUUCCUUUUUCAAGCCAAGGGAUCAGUCCAUUAGUAAGUAACGCCAACUUUGAACUGAGACAACCAGUAGUUCAGACUCCUGAUCUUUCAGAAUUUCAGACAGGAGUCACAGGAGUACAAGAAUUUGAGAAUUCUCUGUUUCACAACAAUGGCUACUUUUCUGGUUAUCCAGCAGCUUUCCAGCCUAAUCUGUUAUCCGGCGGUUAUAAUUUUCCACAACAACUGAAUUCUGUGACUUCGUCACAGCAGAGAGAUGACAACAAUAUGCUCGAAGGUCUGAGAAUGGCAGGUGGAGCCAUAAGAUAUUCUGGUAACAGAGUUCCCGAAACCGAAGUUGGAGACUAUACUAACGGCCUCUCUGACUACAGAACUAGCUCUGGUAGAUAAAGAC